UACAGUCCUCUGCCUCCUGCGUGGCUCCUCCUGCCCUCACACAGUCCUCUGCCUCCUGCGUGGCUCCUCCUGCCCUCACACAGUCCUCUGCCUCCUGCGUGGCUCCUCCUGCCCUCACACAGUCCUCUGCCUCCUGUGUGGCUCCUCCUGCCCUCACACAGUCCUCUGCCUCCUGCGUGGCUCCUCCUGCACUUAUACAGUCCUCUGCCUCCUGCGUGGCUCCUGCUCCAGUUGCACAGAUGUCAGCGUCCUUCAUGCCCCUUGCUCCACUUGCGUCAGUCUCUGCCACCACCGAUGCCACUACAGAGGAGCCUGUAGAGCAACUGGCUGUAGAUGACCAUAACAUACCUGGGAUGGACCGUGUGGACAGCCUUGCUGAGUACCUAGUGGGUCUUCGCAGUGAAACAAGUCUGAUAAUAACCAACCAACAGGCUAGUACCAUUAUAGGCCUUUGGCAAAAUUUGCUACCAUAUGACCAGCAGCGUGUAGCUUUUGCUGCUCGUUAUCAGGACCGGCUCACCACAGGCAGGUUCAGGUCACCAAAGAAAAAAAGAGAGUUUACCCCUGGUGUGGAGAGCCUAAAACGCUGCAUUCUGAGCUCCUCUGGUUCUCCUGCCCAGUGGCCAGACUGUUGCCGUCUGUUGGAAGCCAUUUUUGUCAAGCUCUGUGGAAUACACAGGAGCCCAAAAAAACAAGGGCAGGUGACUUUGUCAAGGUGGGCUUUGAUUCUAAAAGACUACAGCAAAAUCCGACAGCUUAUCCUGGGUAAUGGUGCUGUUAUGCAAAGCACCACUCUUCAGCUAGUGGAAGUCAACUCAACCACCCUGAACCAAUGGUACAACAAACGAGUCAAGAAACAGGAUGUUCAGUUAGUGCUGCAAGGGAUAAACCUGCCAUCUUCUGUCCCUGUUGCCACUGAGCCUCUUCAGCCUGCAAAUCUUCGCCCUGCUGUUGCUCCUCCACCACCAGGUGUUCAACAUGUGUACCACUUGCCACAAAGCACAGUAGGGCAGGCAAAGUGUAAAAAACGAGCUGCAUCAACAGAUGACCACUUCUUACCACCUUCUGCACGUCAGAAGAUGUGUGCUCAGAGGAAACUUUUUCCAAAGCCUUCAACUGUCCCGUCUUCUCAAACAUUUUCUCUGCAAACCACUACAACUUUAAGUCAGCCAGCAGUGAUAUUUAAGCCUUCCCCUCCUUUGUCUUCCAUUUUUACCAUACCUGUAUCCUUCCCUGUCUCGUCUGUGAGUACUGUUGCCCAGACAACAGCUACAACAGCUUCAUCGGUUGCACCAACCCCAUCCAUGUGUACUACAAAGAAAUCCACAUCCAAGGCCAGGUUUAAUAAAAGGAGAGUGGAGGCAAACUCCUGUCGCAAGUGUGGGCAGUUCAGAACUGAGACAACAGGGCACAGUCAGUAUAAAGGGAAAAUAUAUUGCCCUAAUACAGAGACAAUGUCUCGGGAAAAGUGGCUUGAGGAGACAAAAAAGAGAAAAGCUGACCAUACCUAAACACUGUACAUUUAACUGUAUUU